AUUUCGCCCGCCGCCCCCAGCCGCCCGACUUAGUGGGACUGCCGCCUGCAACUACUCUGCGUACGCUUUGCCGUGGCUUACUCGCUUCGUAACGUUGUUAGUGGCUUAGAGUUGCCAAGGGUUGCGCAGCGGCAAAAAGCCUUGCCGAUCGUUCAGAGUCGCAAGAAAAUGUCGUCGUCGCCAAAGUCCGCGGAGAAGGUGUCCGAUCUGGACGGCCGUCCUCCGGAGAGCACCGACUUCGCCAACUACUUCUGCACCUAUGCAUACAUCUACCACCAGAAAGACAUGCUUGAGGACCACAAGCGCACCGGCGCCUACUACCAGGCCGUGCUGUCCAACAAGCGCCAGUUCCAAGGGAAGGUGGUUCUGGACGUGGGCACGGGCAGCGGCAUCCUGGCGCUGUUCGCGGCCAAGGCCGGCGCCAAGAAGGUGUACGCGGUGGAGGCGACCAACAUGGCCAAGAAUGCUCGGCUGCUGGUGGAGCACAACAAGAUGAGCCACGUGGUGGAGGUGAUCCAGGGCACCAUCGAGUCCAUCGAGCUGCCCGAGAAGGUGGACAUCAUCAUCUCGGAGUGGAUGGGCUACUUCCUGCUGCGCGAGUCCAUGCUGGACUCAGUGCUGGUGGCGCGCGACCGCUUCCUGGCGCCCGGCGGCGCGCUGUACCCCUCCCACGCCUCCAUUUUCAUGGCGCCCAUCCGCUCCAACCUGGCGGCGCAGAGGACCUCCGAGUUCCAGAACUCCAUGGAGGGCUGGGCGGAGUUCCUGCAUGAGAUGCAGCACUACUACCAGGUGUCUCUGGACGUCCUGUCUGACGGCUACCGCAGCGAGCAGAAGGACUACUACCUGCACACCAGCCAGUGGACCGACACGCACCCGCAGCAGCUGCUGGGCCCCGCCGCGCCCAUCAUCAAGUACGACCUGAACAAGCUCACGCUGGACGAGCUCAAGGCCCCCCUGAAGAGCGAGUUCGUGAUGCACAUGACGGACGGCGGGCCAGUGGACGCGCUGUGCGGCUUCUUCGACGUGCUGUUCAAGGGCAGCGACGAGAACCCCACAGACAACGAGAUCCGCCUCUCCACCGCGCCCGACCCCACCGGCGCGACGCACUGGGGCCAGCAGACCUUCCCGCUGCACCCGCCCAUCGACUGCGCGCCCGGCGACCGGUUGCGCGUGAGCGUGGAGGUGACGCGCCGCGCCGACAACCAGCGCCUGCUGCACGUCAAGGCCGCCGUCAGCGUGGAGGGCAACUCCAUCUACGCCGAGCAGAGCAAAACGCCGCGCGAGUUCCGCUGGAACAUCGAGUAAACAACGAGGCGGGUUGUGCCAGCGGGGAAAGCAGCACCCAAAGCGUGGAGGGGCUGGCCGACUGGCUGGCUGACGGUGUGGGAGCGCCGUGGUUUUUUUGCGUUGCUUGACAUGUGCGCCGUGCGUGGUUUGUCGGUAGUUGGUAGUGUUCUUUGGUUGGGUCGUGUGUGGGUGGGAGGGUGCGCGCCGUGUCGUGAGCCUGCGUUACAAUUUUUGGCCGUCUGUGAGUGUUGCUUUCAUCGCAAGAAGCUCGAGCGGGGAACUUGGAAUGGCAAUGGUGCAAGCGGGCCGGGGCGCCGUCGUGUGUGUGCUGCACACCGCCAGGUAGGCUUGGAGGAAUCGAUCAUGCCUUCGCCUGUUGGCUGGGGUGGCAGCCCUGACGCGCGGCCUGGGCUAGGCGAGGGUCCGUCCGUCCGUGUCACCGUUGUGUGUGCAUUGAGGCACACAGUGGCACAUUCUGACGUUCAGUGGACCCUCGUCGCAUUGCGCAUGGGUUAGCUAGCCUGGGUGCCCUGUGGUGGGUUUGGGCGACCUUGAGGGCUCUAGAGCUGCGCCCGCCCAUCGUAGGUGAGAGCUGGGCAGAUGGAGAUGGCGGCAGGAGUGUGCGAGUUUAUUUUGCUUUGGUUCAUUCCCUUUUUGCAAGCCUGGUGUUACUAUACGGUGAGGGCCCAUAAGUGCAUUCAAAUGCAGCCUGCGUGUUCCUUUCCUGGCGAGCGGGCUGGCGCGCGGAGGGGGGCGGCUGCGGGUAGCGUCGCUGACGAGGUUGCGCACCAUGAAGAUAGGAUGCCUGGCAGUACGCCCCUGCGGCGUCAAAGCCUGUAACAUGGAGCCAAC